AUGUAUGGUAUAUUAUUAGAAGCUGCUAAACAUUAUAUUAUAGACAAUUAUGGUGAAAAUACAUGGAUAUGGUUAUGUAAAAAAUCUACUGGUAAAGAAUUUGAUAUUGACACUAAAAAAAUAUACCAUGACAACUUGAUGGCAAGAAUUGCCACAAUAUUAGGUGAUAAAAUAUUCACAGAUAAAGAUACAAUUCUUUUUGGGAUUGGACGUUAUACCAUACAAUAUUUAAUUAGAAAUGGUUUUGAAAAACUACUUCGUGCAUCUGGUAAAACAUUCAAAGAUUUAUUAUUAAAUUUAAAUGAUCAUCAUAAAUAUUUACGUUAUAGUUAUCAUCGUAUUAAACCACCGACAUUUGUUAUCUUAUCUAGUACAUCAAGUUGUAUAAUGUUAGAAUAUACAACAACACGACCUGGUUAUAAUCAUUAUACAAAAGGACUAUUAUUUGAAGUAGCUAAAUACAUUUAUCAACUACAUUUAAUUAUUAAAAUCAAUUCAGAAUCAAAUGAAGGUUCAUUAUAUCGAACUGUAUUUACAUUAGAAUUAUUUAUUGGUGAAAGUUUUAAAGAAUAUGAGAUUUGUAUGGUAAAGACUGGAUUAGAUACAAUGAAUAUGUUACCAAAAAUUUCAAAUAAAAAAUUUUUUGGAUUAUUACCAUUCCAUUUGUUAAUCGAUAAAAAUCUAAUGAUACAUAGUGCUGGACAACGAUUAUUAGAAUUUCAGCCAACUUUAAUCAAUACUAAGUUUCAAGAACAUUUUGUCAUCAUGUUACCAAUUGUGAAACCAUUAUUUGAACGGAUUAUGAUGUUUUCCUCUUCCACGUUUAAAAUUGGGCUAAAGAUUAAUAGAAAAUCGAAUGAGAGUCAAAAAUCAAUGUUAUAUAUUAAGGGUCAAAUGAUUUAUGUAAAAGAAUGGUCAAUGUUACUUUUUAUAGGGAAACCAAAUUUUUCAGAAAUUAAAUCUUUUAUCGACUUUGGACUAGAUUUACAAGACAUUAACUUAUAUGAUAUUAAAGUUGAGAAAAUGAUCUUAGGUGAUACAGUAUCUAAAAAUCUUUUAUUUUUAUUAGAAAAACAAAAAAGAAAAAGUAAGGAGUUAUCAAAAAUAGCCAGAAAACUCGAUGAACAACGAAGAAAAACCUAUCAACUGCUGGAACAAUGCUUACCUAAAGAAGUUGCACAACAAAUAAGUCAAGGAAAACAUCCUUCAGAAACAAUGAAGGCAUACAAUUCAGUGACAAUAUGCUUCACUAAAGUGGUUAAUUUUUCUAAUUAUUCUAGUCGAAUGUGUCCACAUAAAAUUGUCGAUAUAUUAAAUCAAAUGUACACACUUUAUGAUUCAAUGACUGAAUCACAUAAUGUUUAUAAGAUUGAAACAAUUAGUGAUAGUUAUAUGCUAGUAUCCGGUGCUCCAAGUCCAUCAUCCUUUCAUUCAGCCCAUAUAAUUGAAAUGGCAUUAGAUAUUCUGGAACUUUUUUUGGAUAAUUCGACAGGAACUCAAGAUGAACAAAAUAUACCACUACAAUUAUACAUUGGUUGUCAUACUGGUUCGAUCGUUGCUGGAAUUGUUGGAUUUAAAUCACCAAGAUAUUGUUUGUUUGGUGAUACAGUAAAUACUGCAAAUAGAAUGAUGAGUACUGGACUCCCAGAUACAGUUCAUAUUAGUUCGGACUUGGCGAAGAACCUUUUUGAAUAUCCUUAUAUUCUGGAAUAUCGAGGUGAACAAACAAUCAAAGGUAAAGGAAAAAUGACCACUUAUUUCGUUAAAAACCGUAAAGAAAACUUUACCAUGACUGAUACAACAACUGGAGAAGAGUUAAACUUCCGAAAAUUAUUAAAAGAAGAUAUUGACAAUCAUUGCAGACAAAUAGAUGAACUAAACUCUUUUAAUUCAGAAGUUUAUGGUUGUGAUAAUGGAGAUGAAUCGAGUUCGACUACGCCUUCUGAAGAUGAAACAGAUAUAAAAGAAAUUCAAAAUAUUGAUAAAAAUGAAGAAAUACUUGACACUAUACUUAUUCAAAACAAUAUCACCACUCAACUUUGUUUCAGCAAUAAUCAAAAUGAACGUGAAUCACAGUCGGAAGAAAUGGAUUAUUUGCAAUCCGAAGAAAAUUUAACAAAAUCCAAGUCAGUAGAACAAAACAAUUUGAAAUAUACAAACAAACUAAUGAAUGAAGAUGAACAUGUAGAUUUAAUGAAGUCUUUUAAAUCGCCUAAAUCGGUAAUAUUUGAAGAUAUUGUAAACCCAUUAACACUAGGAUUAACAGAAAUCGGUAUUGUUCAACCUGAAAAUCCACUUCAAUAUCUAGGCAACUGGUUGUGCAAAUUUUCACAAAAGUCUAUGAGUGAAGACUCAUGA